UCAGUGAGAUGCUGCGUGCUGCUUAAGGUGCACUAGCUAAAAAAAAAAAGCAAAAACAAACAACAACAACAACAAAACACCAACAAGAAACAGCGGGCUGUGCAUAUCGAGUGUUGGAUAAUGUCUGACUGGAUAUCACCAUUUGGCUCAUUGACGACUGGUCUGGAGUACAAGCAGCUUUAAAGAAACUCGAGUGACGCAGGGAGGAAGAAGCUGUCAUUUCAAGUAAUGGAAGAAAUGCACCAGCCUGACAGAUACGCCAUGAAGAAAAAGUCAGUGAACAUUAAAGAGGAGGACUGUGAAUGGGAAUCUGUUUUCCAUAAUCAGGAGAGUCUCUGUAUCAAGGAGGAAAAUUGUGACUGGGUGCCAGGUGGUAUUAAAGAAGACUCUGAGGAAGUGUCUGCCGGCAUUGAAAUUCCGAAACAUGAAACAGUAGACGGCAUUAAGGAGGACUAUCUUCAUCCACAGUCCAUUUUUCAGUAUGCUUAUUACAAUGGUGCCAUAACGGGAUUACUUUCCUCUCGGAGCAGACCCUGUUCUUUUGAAGAGUGUUCUGUGAAGUCUGAAUCCUUAACAUCUAACACAAAGAGGACGGAGGAGCUAAAAUCAUGGAAAAGAAUGGAAGAUCAAUCAUCAUCUGAAGAAAAGUUCCAAGAUGAUGGCAGCUUCCCUCCAUCUUCAUUUGUUCAGACUUCUUGUCAGGACACACCUCAACUUGCAGUACAUGAUGAAACCAUGAGGAGUUCCACAUGUGGCACGGAGACUUUGUUGCCUGACUCUCUGCAGUAUAACUCUCGAACCGUUGAGGAAAAUGGUCCCAGCAAUCAGCAGGUUCAAAAGACCAAUUCGGUGACAUUGUACGUCUGCCAAGAAUGUGGGAAAAGAUUUAAGAAUAAAUCUAGUUAUAAAGAUCAUCACUGGAAUCAUGUGAAAGAGAAGCCAUACUACUGCUUGGAGUGUGGAAAACAGUUCUGCCGCAGUAGCAGUCUUCGGCUACACACAAGAGUUCACUCUGGAGAGAAACCCUAUUGCUGUUCAGAAUGUGGCAAGCGAUUCUCUAACAGUAGCCAUCUUCAGAGACACAACAGAAUCCACACGGGUGAGAGGCCCUAUUGCUGUUCAGAAUGUGGCAAACGCUUCUCCAGCAGCAGCAAUCUUCAGGCGCACUCAAGAAUUCACACUGGGGAGAAACCAUACUGCUGUCCUGAAUGUGGUAAACAAUUCUCCACUUUCCGGCAUCUUCAGACCCACACCAGAAUUCACACGGGAGAGAAGCCGUACUGCUGUCUCGAAUGUUCCAAACGAUUCUCUGAUCACACCAGCCUUCGGAGACACACCAGAAUUCAUACUGGAGAGAAGCCGUACGGCUGUCCUGAAUGUGGCAAACAGUUCUACCAGCUGAGCCAUCUUCAGACUCACUCGAGAGUUCACACAGGAGAGAAGCCACAUUGCUGUCCUGAAUGUGGCAAACAGUUCUCCAAGCGCCGCAGCCUUGAAGCUCAUGGAAGAACUCACAGUGGAGAGAAGGAUUACUUCAUUCCCCCUGACAGCAGGAGAGGAUUAGCGAUAAAUUGUACAGUUCUUUGUCUUAAUCAGGGCAACGUUUUGAUGGAUGCCAUGGAGGAAAGAAUUGCGAGCAUCAAACAAGAGGAGUGUCAGUGGGAAUCGGACUCCUUUACAGAAGACUUUGCACUGAAGCCUGUCAGCGCUGAUAUACAGAAAGUUGAAAUUAUAAACUGGGUUAAGGAAGAAGAGCUUAAAUCGGAGUCGGCCUUUCAUUGUGCGUCUUCAGAUGAAGAGGUGAGUGGAUUAAGCUCCACUCUGCCUGGACUGGGCUCCCUACAGGGUCAUUCUGUUCAUGUGAAGUUGGAAUUGGAGGCUGGUGGGAAAGUGACUGAGAGAGAUGACUGCUUUUCUGGAGAAGAUUUACAAGACCACAACAGCUUGGCCACUUCAUUUUUCCAGACCUCCCCCAAGUAUAGAACACCACAAAAAGAGCAAGAUGAGAAUGUGAAGAAACGGACAGCCAGAUCGGAGGGUUUAAUAAUGACUCGUUUGCAAAAUACAUCUUUGCCUGCGGAGAAUAUAACAAAGAUAGAUGCUGCCAGUGCUCCUCAACAAGUGCAGAAUAAAAACCCUGUAGCUCUGAAUAUCCACCAAGAGAGCGAGGAUAGUUCUACUGGUAAAGAUCAUCCAUGUGUUCAUCCCUAUUGCUGUUCUGAAUGUGGAGAGCGAUUUUCCAGCAAUGGCACCUUUCGUCUACACAUGAGGCUGCACAGUGGCAGGAAGCUGUAUGACUGCUCUGAAUGCAGCAAACAAUUCCUAUACAAAACAACUCUUAAGAAACACCAAAGAAUUCACACUGGAGAGAAGCCGUAUUCUUGUCCAGAAUGUGGUGCCCGAUUCUUGUACAGUAGCACCCUUCAGGUACACAUGAGAAUCCACAGUGGAGAGCAGCCUCAUUGCUGUUCUGAAUGUGGUAAAGCAUGCUCCAGCAAUAGCACUCUUCAGAUCCACUUAAGAAUUCACACUGGAGAGAAGCCGUACAUCUGUCCCGAAUGUGGCAAACGAUUCUCCCAGCGUGGCAGUCUUCAGACCCACAGAAGAAUUCACACUGGAGAGAAACCAUACUCCUGUUCCGACUGUGGGAAACGAUUCUCUGAUCAUAGCUGUCUUCACAACCACACCAGAAUCCACACCGGGGAGAAGCCACAUUUCUGUUUGGAAUGUGGCAAGCGAUUCUCCCGCAACAGUACUCUUCAGGACCACAUGAAAGUUCACACUGGGGAGAAACCUCAUUGCUGUUCUGAAUGUGGAAAAUGUUUCGCAUACAGCCAGGCUCUUCAGAAGCACAGGCGGUUUCACACUGGAGAGAAACCUCACUGCUGUCUUGAAUGUGGCAUGCAGUUUUCCGAAGUAAGCCUUCUUCAGAGACAUGCAAGAAUUCACACUGGCGAGAAGCCUUAUGGCUGUGCUGAAUGUGGAAAACGCUUCUCUCGCAGUGGCCAUCUUCAGGAGCACUCCAGAAUUCACACUGGAGAGAAACCGUAUACCUGUUCUGAAUGUGGCAGACAGUUCUCCAAUCAUAGCAAUUUUAAGAAUCACAAAAGAAUUCACACUGGAGAGAAGCCAUAUUGCUGUCCUGAAUGUGGCAUGCAAUUCUCCUGCAGCUAUCGUCUUCUGGAACAUAAAAGAAUUCACACUGGGGAGAAGCCAUAUUGCUGUGCUGAAUGCAGCAAACAGUUCUCCAGUCAUCGUAGCCUUAAUAAACAUGCCCGCUCUCACUCCACUGUGAAGCCAUACAGCUGCUUAGAAUGUGGCAAAAAAUUUGCGCUCGGCAGCCUCCUCAAGAGUCACUCAAGAAUUCACACCGGAGAGAAGCCACACUGCUGUUCCGAAUGUGGCAAACAAUUUUCAGAUAGCAGCACCCUUCGGACGCACAUAAGAAUUCACACUGGAGAGAAGCCAUAUAGCUGUCCUGAGUGUGGCAAGCAGUUCUCGCAAAUAAGCCACCUUCAGUGCCACAAAAGAAGUCACACUGGAGAUAAGCCAUAUUGCUGUUCAGACUGUGGCAAGAGAUUCUCCCGUAGCAGCAAUCUUCAGAAGCACUCAAGAAUGCACACACAUUCACUUCCAUCCUGAAUGUGGAAAUCAAUUUGGCGGUCAUUUUAAUAAAAUGCCAAUGGCAAGAAUGGACUCUGGCACCGAAGUUGUAUUGUGGUAUGCAACAAAGAAAUCUAGCGUUAAGAUUACUCUUCAAAGCUACAGAUAGAGGAGGAGGAAGAGGUGCAAAACUAUAGGAAUACUAGCCCAGGCGACUACUCCAAUCUUGACAAAUACCUUUUAAUGAUGCACUGAAGUGAAUGUUCUGUUCCAGAGAGCAAUGGUCCAAAAAUAUAUAUAUAUUUUUUAAUUUAUUUUUUUCCACUUUUUUUGUGCCUGCCUUUGGGCAUACAUGAAAUCAACUUUCAGUUUUUAAAUGUGCUUGGCAAGUUGAAUUAUAAAAGUGCAACUUGAUAGACAGAACUUUUUAUUCCUGAUGGGGACUAUUUUUUUUUUUUUUUUAUGAAAAAUAUUACUAUUUAAAUCAUUCUUUUUCAAAGAGGACAUUUUUAAAAAUGUAGAUAUGAAAAUGCAAUGCAGAAGAGUAAUGAAAUGUGAGCAGAGUUUUAGCUUGGGUUGGGAUGUUUUGUCCUUUUGUUUAUUUGGCUAAUCCACAUUUUAUGUUAAGCUCUGCUUGUUGGUUUGUGUCUAAAUUCCGGGUUUCGGGCAGGAUGAUCCUUUCUUCUCCCUUCAUUUAAUAAUUUGGUUUUGCUCUUAUUAAAGCAUUGUAGUGACAAGCUGA